GAAAGAGAAAGAGAGAGAGAGAGAGACAGGGAGAGAAUCAGAUAUCUAAGCUCACAAAGAUCGGAUCUACCAUUGUGUGUUGUUUAAUAUUGUUGUCCUACAAUCAAUAUUCAUUUCCUUUUCUUUUUCUAUUUAUUGUCUAGGAAAAAAAAAGAUCAUCUCUAAUAUGUUACCAGAACAAUCUCAGUCAAGGAAUAGUAGACAUAAUAGUGCAGUGUUAUCUUCUGAUCAGCAAUUUCAACAUGUACAUCAUCCCUUUGGCAUAAUGCCAGAUGAUGCAAUAGUCACUGAGAGAGAUCCCCUCAUCAUUCCACCUCCUACAGUAUGGACAAGGUUUAAUGAAAAACAUCGCUUUGGUAAACUUAUGCUCGUAGCAGCUGGCUGCUUGGGUAUCAUUGUUGUCAUGUUGUCUGUCUUGGGUGGCCUUGGUGUCUAUAAAAAUACUCGUUAUAGAAAUCAAGUGGGUGUAUCAUCUAUUGGUAAAACAAAAUAUAAAGGAGACAGUUGGGGAACUGCAAAACCGGGAGAAUUUACUAUGGGUGGACAAGGUGAUGCAACUUAUUAUGAUCCUGGUGUAGGCUACACAUCAUGUGGAAACCUAUUUACUGCUAGUGAUAUGAUCGUUGCCCUGGAUGGCUAUGAUUAUGGAUCUUAUGCUGACCCAAAUCAAAGUCCGGUUUGCGGAGCAUGCAUUAUCAUCACUGGUCCGCUUGGCAGUACGAAGGCAACGAUACAAGACAUGUGUCCUAGUGCUAGCUGUGGAAGAGGUUCCUUGGAUCUUUCACCUGCUGUAUUUGCAAAAGUGGGUGAUUUCUUUGAUGGUCGUAUUCCCGUCAAUUGGACACAUUGUUAAUGCAUCAUCAACAAGAUGCCACUUAUGUUCUAAUAUUUAAUAUGCUAAUAAAAAGAAGUAUGUUACUAAAUGAUAUCAAAAAUAUGCAGGAUCAUACGGGUGAUGUUCUCAAAGUAAAUGGGGGAUCAUUAAAGGAUAGAUCACGCGUAUGCCAG